UUUUUUUUCUUUUUCAUUUUUAAACAGAUUUAAAAAAUUAAAAAAAAUGUUUCUUGGCCAAUUUACAACUUCUUUACCAAUUCUCUACAAAACUUCAACAAAAUGUUUGCCAUCACUUUUAAGUCCUUUAAAUUUAAAUUUGGAAUUUAUUCGUGGUCGUAAACGAGGGCGUAGAAAACCAUCAAAAGCUGAGCGGUUGGCACGUUUACAACGUAAAGAGAAGAAAGAUGCUGAGAAAUUGGAAGAAUCGCAAAAGAGACGUUUGGAGGAAUUGAAAAAAACUAAAUUUGCUGCAAUGUGGCCACCGAGAUACGAUGCCGAAGUUGAAAAAGACUUGCCUGAAGAAUUUCAUCGAAAUUUGCAAUCACCUUCAAUUUAUGGAAAAGUAGAUGCUCCUAUAAAACUUAGAAUGGAAUUGAAUAUGACUACUGAAAAAGCGACUAAAUUAAUUGGAGCCUCUCGUCAGUUGGUUGCCAUUCCUUUUCCUUUUAAACAUCAAGAAAAGAGAGCAAUAAUUGCCUUUGCACCUAAUAAAGAAUUGCAAGAUGAAGCUUUAAUGGCUGGCGCUGAGUUGGCACUUGGCCCUGAUUCAAUUAAAAAGAUUUUAAAAGGCCAAUUUUUGAUUGAAGAUUAUGAUUUUUGUGUGGCACAUGAAGGUAUGGCAAAAGAAAUUUUACCUUUGAGAGGAGUGUUAAAGUCAAGGUUUCCAAAUAGAAUUAAUGGUGGAAUUGGUAGUGAUUUACCUGCAAUAUUGGAAAAAUUCCUUUCUGGUUCAAAUUUGGUUGUGAAACCGAAUGCUGCUUAUGCGGAAUGGGGAUUAGCUGACAAGGGAACAUUUCGAACUGUGACCAAAAAUUUUUAA